AUGGUUCAGAUGUUGGGCGCUGGCAUACGGGCCGGCUGCAAUUCCCUGCAUUUCCUGAUGCUGGUGGUAAAGGUGGUCAUAGUAGUGACGCUGUGCAGCAUGGGCAGCUUUAGCGUCCCACUGGUGGCGGGGCGGAACAUGGGGCCUGACAAUGGUAAAUCUCAGACCAGCCGCGCAGUCGGGGAGUGGAGGACGGCGCGCGCGACCCGAUACGAUGGGCCUGAUGACUGGUGGUCCAUCCACGAGGGCUCCUGCGGGUACGGGUAUUUGGAGCAGGGGGUGGCCACCGGUUGGGACAUUGCCGCUCUGUCCGACACGUGCGAGGACUACAGCGGCUCGUGCGGGUAUGUACCCGCACCCGCACCCGCACCCGCACCCGCACCCGCACCCGCACCCGCACCCGCACCCGCACCCGCACCCGCACCCGCACCCGCACCCGCACCCGCACCCGCACCCGCACCCCUGGAGGGAUGGCUGAGGAGCGUACGCUGUAUGGAAGUGAAGUGCGACCCCAUGACGUUCACGGACGGCUACGGGCAGAAGAUCGACCGCCGCCAUGUGUGUAGGGAUCCGGAAGCCAGCGUCAUCGUGCAGAUAACCGACAGCUGCCCCUGCCACUACCCGGGAAAUGCCUACUCCAACACUCGAUGGUGUUGCGGAGAUCUGUAUCACCUGGACUUGUCAGUUUGGGCGUUUGAAAAGGCCCUGGUGGCGCUGAUCAUUUCUCACCUCGCCACCGACUACUAG